GUUAAUUUUAUCUUCCAUGGUUAUGCUAGGUACCUGCAUAUACCCGCAUAUGCAGUAGGUAGUUUAGCCUUGCUGAGUAACCUGGUCAUGGAACUGAAUACAGGUUAGUACCUAAGUACCUAAGUACCGUUAUUUUAGCACCUGUCACCUGCACAUGCAUCUGCGAGUGCAAGUCAGGUGAGGGGUCGAGGGGAUAAUAGUUUUUCCCCACACGCACGCGUCUACCUUUUCCUUUUAGACCCAGUGCAGCUGCUGACAGCUGAAAUCUCAUCACUUUCCUCCGCACACCAUUUCUUUCAAUCACCAACUGCCAGCCAGCAGACAACCUUUUUGUCAAUUCGUCAUCACCUGGCUCGUGAUGAAAGGAGUUAUUCAAUCAGCUCGGGGCGGUCGACCCAGCAAAGUCACCAAAUUGGCUGGCACGCCUCGCGGUCGGCCUGGUCGCCGAGUUGGCGUAUCCGACGCGCAUGGUCUUUCCAAUUCGGAUCUCGCCGACCUUGACCAAGAUGCUAACGCUGAUGAAGACCAUGAGCAUAACCCCCACACUAGCUUUGAUCAUGAUGCCGCCGCCAUUGCUGCCGCCGCCGCCGCUCAGCAUCAUCAUCAUCAGCAACAGCAGCAAGAGCACCAGCAGCAGCUCGACCUUACUGCGGCUAGUAUCCUAGCUAGCAGCGUCCACACAGCCAAUGACCAACAUCCCGAUCUUGGCGGCACUCAUAUGGAUGACGGCUCCCAUGUUCCUACAGUUGAGGAACUUGCUCGCCAAUCCGGUUAUGCUGAGUUUGUUGUCGAGAGUGCACUGGCAAAGCGUUUGGCUGGAGAGCCUGGCGUGCGCCUCGCGCAGCAACGACGUCCCGAGCAGCAGCUGAACCUCUCGCGACGCAGUAAUGUGGAGGCCCUGUUUGCGCACAUCGCAGGUGAAGAAGUCCCGAACUGUAAGAACUGCAAGAAAGGCCAUGGGCCGUGGACCGCCUGUGUCGUGAUUGAAGGACAGAUGUGCCAAAGCUGUUCCAACUGCUGGUUUAAUGCCUCAGGCUCGCGAUGUUCACUUCAUGAGAGUCGGCCUCAGGGUCAGCAAGGCGUUCAGAUGCUUGGCAACGAAAGCAUUGCCUUCCCCGUGCCCACUGCGCCUCCGGCUGCAAUGGCCCCCUUCAACUUCGCAGCGCCCGCAUCUGCUGACCCCGUUGUGCGCUACACCGUAGAGCAAGCGAUGGCGCUCGUUAGAGGUGCCGAUAAGAAGGCGCGAUCGAUGCUUAUGAUUGAAGCUACGGCUCGACAGUUAGCCUUCCAGAUCGCUCAGUAUGAGGAGGCAAUCGAGGAUGAACAGAACCAGGCACAGGCCAAUGCACAAGAUGCCAAUCAACCGGUUCUCAACGAUCAGGGUGCCCCCUAGGUAGGACAUCCUCAGCCGGUAGCUGAUGGGCAGGUGGUGCCUUAGAUAGGACCGCCGUUUCCUGGUGUACUGGCGCAUCGUGAGCAGAUGCCUGAACCAAAUACCAACGUCGACUUACACACUCAACCUGAAUCGGUCGUCAGCUCUACGCCCAACUCCGAAUUUGAAUCCGGAUCUAGUACCCUAGUCGGAUCUGUCAAUGAUUCCGGAUACGACAUCGGUUUCGACAUCGAUUUUGGAGACAUAAGUUUUGAUCCGAAUGCCAGUUUGGACGACGUUGAUUUGUCAAGUUUCUUCCCUCCCCAGUAACGUCGUUACCGAGAUGUGCAUCGUACCCUAGUAAGGAAACAUGGAUUCACCUUGAGGAAAUUGAGAUGGAUUUCGAGAAGCUUUUUCUUUUCCCUUGCCAUGGUACGAUGUCCCUCGACCCGUUCUACCAACACUGCAUUCAUAGGUCAUAUUUGCAAGCUUGUUGGUCGCAUCUGGCGUGGAAUAUUGGGGUGGAAUGUUUGUUCAUCAAAUUUUGAUGAUUUUCGUUGGCAUGCUUCGGUUGCCUAUGAAGCAAGGAGUUUAGGGUGCAUUCAUGGGAGGCCUGGACGUGAAGGGUUUGGCGGCCGUACCUGGUUAUAGCUUCUUCGAUAGUUGCAAAGGCACUCUCCGUCUAAUACAUGAACGUCGUAACCCGGAA